AUUGUAACGAUAAUCUUUUUUGCUUCAAAAAUGUCUUCGUCUAAUGAUAUCGAUGAUGAAGAAUCUACUUCAACUCUUAGUUCUGAAAAAGCUAGUAAUGAUAAACAACGAAAAGCAUAUGGGCGACCAUUUGAUCCUUGGUCACGCAGAGAUUUAUUAACCUUUAAAAUGCAUAUUGCACGUAAUUGUCCUAAUGCUCCACUAGAAGCACAACUUUUUUAUUUUAAACAAUUAAAUGAAGACAAUGAAGAUCAAACAUCAAAUAAGAAGCGAAAAGCGGAUUUAAAAGAUAAUGAAGAAAUUCCUAAAUUGGUUGAAAAUGAAGAACUAUCCAUAAAAAGACAAGAACAAUUGGAGGAUAGCAUGUGUCUUGCAUUUGUUUGUGCGGGUAUCCCAUUUAAUGUUGCUGGAAAUGAAAAUGUUCAUGCAUGGCUUCAGAAUCUUGGACCAGAAGUGAAAAUGGAAAGUGAAUUACGAAGUAAAAAUUACAUUACCCUCGCCCAUCGGCUAAAUCUUAUUUGUAAAGAUAUUAUGAAAGAAUCUUUCUCAAAACGCGUUUUAUCUCAAGCAACAUUAAUUGCGCAAUUUUUUAAAUCAUCUCACAUAGCAAAUUCAGCACUUGAACAUGAAAUUCAGAUUAAUAUUAUUGUAGGAGGAGGUCGCGGUUUUAAAAGAGGUCAUUAUAGAAAAAUCGCAACAUGUGCAAGUACUUUGUGGAAGGCUUUUGGUAAAAGUGAAAGCUCUUGCCGACAACUUUUAGGACAACUUGUUUCCUAUAAAGAAAAUGAGCUACCUUUUGAUGGUCCAUUUGAACCUGAUUGCCAAACACCGCAGACAUGGUGGAAAUUGAUCGAAGAU